AAUAUGUCAGCCUGAUACAAAGUUACAGCACAGAAACGCAGGUGGAGGAGUUCUGACCCUGUACGGAUGCCGUAGCAGCUGGGAGCCACGCUGCCAGUAGUACAGUACUGCACAUGGUGAUGCAGGAAGUGCCCUGAGCUGCAGUUGGGGCUGCUGAAGGGUUUGUUGUGUCUCUGCUGUCAGCUAUGGGAGGGCAAUCUAAGAAAAGGAGCAGCAAGUCCAAGAGGAGGCAGAGAGGCAGGACUGAAGUGCAUGAUCUGGUCGGCUUGUCAGCAGAAGAACGGAUGAAAGUCAAGAUGCAAAACCGAGCAAGGAAGAAAACGACAGAAAAAUAUACAGUUCAGCAACUAUUAGAAAAGACGGAAGAGUAUUUGGACAGCUGUAAUUUGGAGAUGGCCCAGCUAUUUUGUCAGAGAGCCCUGGAUAUGGAGCCCAGCAACCUUGAGAUCCUGGAUAUGAUGGGGAACAUCUGCAUGGAGCUGGGGAACGCAGAGAAAGCAGAACAAGUCUUGCUGAAGGCCGUGGAGCUUUGCCCUGACGAAGGACAUGCCAAAUAUAUGUGCCUGGGACAGAUUCACUGCAAGGAGGAAGCCUUAAAGUAUUUUCAGAAGGGAUUACAAAUUAUGAUUGAUGCUUAUCAAAGUCAACCGCAAGUGUCGGGGGCCGCCAGCUGCCCUGAUAAAAUGGAAGUGACUACAAAGGAUAUCUCAACAGCUUUCUGCUCUGUCGCUGAGAUUUAUCUCACUGAUCUUUGUAUGGAAGAAGAAGCUGGUGACAAAUGUAAAGGGGCCAUAGAAAAAGCCCUAGAGUACAAUCCGAACAGCCCCGAAGCUCUGCAGCUGAUGGCAAGCUAUCUCUUCAGUAUGGAACAGCCACAGGAGGGCAGAGUACAUCUAUUGAAGAGCCUGGCAUUGUGGCUGCCCAGUAUGCAGAAGACCAAGGAGCAGAUACCUGAGCAGGAGCCAAGUGAUCUGGAGUUGGUGGAGUCUGUGUUUCCUCCAUACGAAUCCCGCAUCACGACUGCCAAGUUACUUAUAGAAGCUGAAGAAUUUGAGCCGCCUGGUGAGGACAGAAGAGCCAUUAAUGGCAGUAUCUGUAAAUGGAAGCGAAGCAGCAGCCCGUGGACAGUAAAGAAGAUUACAACACAGAAUAAACACAUUUUUACAUUGUAAAAUUCUCCGGAAGAGAGCAUUGUGUGCCAAGGGGUUGUGAUCUUAUACAGCGAGUACAGCCGUAACCAUGGAGAAAUUUGCUUUGCAACUCCUUUUUCUAAUCUGCUUUCUUGCUACAGUUUACGGCUUCCCCAAUACUAGAUUUUUUUUUUAUUAUUUUUUUUAUAUAGAAUGAAAGAAGGUAUUUGAAAUUGGACAGAGGACUAGGGGUGGGGUGAAAUCCUAAAAAUAAGAGCAAAGAUUGAGAAAUGUUAGUGCCUUUGGUAAUAUUAUCAGUUUAUUCAGGGCAAGAAGUAAUUUUCUGUUUGCAUGAUGAGAAAAUAUACUUCAAACCUGCACAUUCACUUUCAGAGAUAAUCUUUCUUAAAAGGUCUGACAAGACUAAUCUUCUUACUAUAUUUUGCAUUCCCUUAGCUAUUUUGUAAUAAGUGGAAUUCAAUUCUACGUGCAAGCUGCAGCAAAUCUGUACAGUAAGAGGCAGGAGUGAGAGACUGUCACGGGCUAAGCACCUUCCCGCUUAUUUCACGCUGUCUCGCGUCUGUAAGGUUCUCCCACUUCUCAAGUCAUUUUGAAAUUCUCACUUUUUUCGGUCAUUCUUAUUAUGCAGAUUAUCUCAUAAUGUGACUUUUUUCCCCCUCUCUCAUAAAUAAGAUACAGUGGUUAAUGUCUAAGCCGUGCAAUGCUGAGGCGUUGGGCUCAAUCACAGUCAGGGGUGCUGCUGCUGUAGUAUUAUCCCUGUGUUCAGUUUGGGUCUCCAGUUGCUCCGAUUUCCUUCAACAGUUCUAAAACUGCUUAAGUAGCUUAAUUGAGUUCUGUUUAUGUUGCAGUGAUAUGCGUGUUUGUGGGACUGUGAUAGGGAAAUAAAACGCUGCGCUCUGCACGGACAGUGAUCUGUGGGGCUAAAUAA